AUGUUCGCCGAAGGGUCUCGCCCCAAAAUCGGUCGCUUUCGAACUCCGAAGUUCGGAGCCGUGCAGAAGAACCUGUGGAUCUACCUCAGCUCCUACAUCAUCUUCGUGGUCGUGGCCCUCGUCGUGGAGUUCUGCGGCUCCAUCCGCAGGAGGCACCCCUGGAACCUCAUCGCACUGGGCACGGUGACCCUCAGCCUCUCCUACAUGGUGGGCACAGUGGCCUCCUUCCACAACACCACGGCCGUGCUCAUCGCCAUGGGCUCCACGCUGGCCAUCACCUUCGCCGUCAUCGGCUUCUCGGCGCAGACGCGGGUCGACUUCACCUACUGCAACGGCCUGCUCCUGGUGCUGGCGGUGGACCUGGUCAUGUUCGGCUUCUUCAGCUGCUUCUUCUACUCCAGCGUGCUGCAGGUGCUGUACGGCAGCCUGGGCGCCCUCCUCUUC